AUGGCACCAUCUUACGACAGCAACACAAGGGCAAGCGAGCUCGUCCCCCUGUACGCUCCUCACAUCACCAACAAAAUCAUUCUCGUUACGGGCGUGUCCCCGGGGAGUCUCGGUGAAAGCUUCGUAAAGCAAGUGGCUGCCGGCAAACCUGCAACAUUCAUCCUUGCCGGCCGCAACCCUGCCAAAUUCCAACCUCUCAUUGACGAACUUACGGCCAACCACCCAGACAUCAAUGUCAAGCCCCUCGCCCUAGACCUCACCUCGUUCGCGCAAGUCCGCAAUGCCGCAUCUUCUGUAAACUCAUGGGCCGACGUCCCUCGCAUCGACCUGCUGGUCAACAACGCGGGAAUCAUGGCUGUCCCCUACAAACUCACCGAAGACGGCAACGAAAGCCAGUUCCAGACGAACCACCUCAGCCACUUUCUCUUCACCAACCUCCUCAUGCCCAAGAUUCUCGCCUCUGCAGACCCGCGCAUUAUAAACGUUAGCAGCGGCGGACAUCGACUAGGCCACAUGCGCUGGACGGACUACAACUUCGACAACGGCAAGAACUACGAGAAGUGGAGGGCGUACGGACAGUCAAAGACGGCAAACAGCCUCUUUUCCAUUGCGCUCGCGGAAAGGCUCGGCAGAAAGGUGUCGGCGUUCAGCUUGUGUCCGGGCUUCGUCUCGACCAAUCUCAGCGCACACGAGGCGCAUGAUUACCCCGCCUUCCUGGAGAGCUUGCGAAAGGUUGAUGUGGUGAUGGGGACCAAGUUCCUCUGGGGGUUUGGGGAUAUCCAGCCCAAAGAUCUAGACCAGGGCGUGGCUACGCAUGUAUAUGCUGCGUUCGACCAGGCUUUGAAGGAAAAGAACGGGGAGUAUGUUACUGAUUGCCAUGUUGCGGACCCGUAUCAAGAGGAGGUGUACCCGUGGGCGCGGAGCACAGUCGAUGCGGAUAUGUUGUGGCGGUUGAGCGAGAAGCUUGUUGGGCAAGAGUUUAGGUAUUAG